GUACGACAUUGUCAGUGAGCGAAUUGUUUUUUGUGUACCGAACCGACGUGUUCCGAAAAGAUUAAGUACGAUUCGACCAGUCCGGACAGUGGCGCUGCAGCUGUCAUGAUGCUUGCAGCCUCUAAAGCAUUGCUCAAUCCUUUUCGAAGCAGUCAUCAGAUAAUAAGAAUAAGGAUGGCAUCAGCAACAACCAAACAACGUUAUGACUUGGUGAUUCUUGGAGCAACAGGUUAUACUGGGCAGUUUGUGGUUGAGGAAGUAUCUCGUGUGGCACAAUGUGAUAUGACACAGAAAAAUCGGUCACUGUCAUGGGCUGUAGCUGGGCGUUCCAAAGACAAACUAAUGAAUUGCCUUGCAAAAGCACGUAAAAACACAGGUUUGAGCUUGGAAGACGUAGCCAUCAUCCUUGCUGAUGUUGGUGACCAAGAUUCUCUCAACAAUAUGGCUGCUCAGUCUAAUGUUGUUGUCAAUUGUGUUGGCCCAUAUCAGCUGUAUGGGGAGCAGGUGGUACGUGCCUGUGUGGAAAAUGGUGCAAAUCAUGUAGACAUCUCUGGUGAACCACAGUUCCUGGAAAGCAUGCAGCUAAAAUACGCGGCAGCAGCAGAGGAGGCAGGAGUUCAUGUUGUCGGUGCGUGUGGGUAUGACUCGAUUCCUGCAGAUAUGGGCAUCUCCCACAUGAUCAAGAAUUUCAAAGGGGAACUGAAUUCUGUAGAAAUGUAUGUAACUGUCAAGUCUAAGGAUGGAGACUCAACGCUUCACACUGGUACCAUGGAAUCAGCCGCUUUAGCAAUUGCAAAUCAGAAUGAAAUUGGAAAGAUCCGACAGGAGCUAUUUCCCAAACGUUUACCAACACCCAAGCACAAAAUCACAAAGAGAGGAAUUCUUCACAAGAAUGACAAGUUAGGACUCUGGGGAAUACCCUUGCCCACUGAUGAACCAGUAGUAUAUCGAACACAGAGAUACCGAUAUGAUGUGCUUCACCAGCGCCCCAUCCAGUUUCAGCAAUUUGUGUGCGCAAGAAAUUUAUUUCAAAGUGUUGGAAUGCUGCUUGGAAUGGCCUACUUUGCCUUUAUUUGCUAUUUUAGCUGGACUAGAGUUCUUCUGCUGAAGGUAUAGUAUAAUUCACUGCAU